UACCCGAAGGGUUUAUGUCUCCCGCAUAAACCUCACUGAACACAGAUUCGAAGCUCCUCCGUCGCAGUUUAGAGAGAGACAGAGAGGAGAGAGAGGGAGGGAGGGGGCGAUGUUGGAGAGCAGACUGGUAUGGCUAUUGAAGAGGAAGAGCAAAGCCCUGAAUUGCGUAUUCAAUAAUGUAAAUGGAUCGUCGACUAGGGUUUUGAAUCAACACUCUUCAUCGUCAUUGACAAAUCCUUCCAGAUUCUUCUCUAGCGUUGCAGAUCACAGUACCAGUUCUACUCGUGGUGUUACUACGAGGAACUCCAUCAUCUAUGGCUUCAGAUCCCUCCAUCGUCAUCAUAAGGAUCUCUAUGUACCAUCUUAUAGGGCUAUGUCCACCACAGCAUCUGCCUGUAUCAAAAAUAAGGAGGGACUAAAGCUCCUAGUUACUGCAGGGCCCCAUGGUCAGAAAAUGGUUGGGAUAUGGCUUUUUGCUUCUGCUGCAUGGGUGUUUAGUAUGGUGGUACUUGGUGGUGUCACACGACUUACCCGAUCUGGUCUUUCAAUGACUGACUGGAAAUUCACCGGUGGCCUUCCUCCUAUGUCUGAUGAUGAUUGGUUGAUUGAGUUUGAGAAAUACAAGCAAUCCCCAGAGUAUAAGCGUGUAAACAAGGGGAUGACUAUUGAUGAUUUUAAGUUCAUAUAUUGGAUGGAAUAUGCACAUCGUAUGUGGGGUAGGGCACUGGGGAUCAUGUUUGCUCUACCAUUUUCAUAUUUUAUGCGUAAGGGAUAUAUUACCAUACAACUUGGUCUGAGACUCUCUACACUCUUUGCCCUCGGUGCUGGACAGGGACUAAUUGGUUGGUGGAUGGUUAAAAGUGGGUUAGAGGAACCACCAUCUGAGUAUACACAACCAAGAGUAAGCCCAUACCGCCUAGCAGCUCAUCUAACUUCAGCAUUUGUAAUUUAUUGUGGCCUAUUUUGGACUGCUCUUUCUGUUGUUAUGCCUGAACCACCUGCUGAAUCAGUAGCUUGGGUUCGUGGGGCGGCAAAGGUUAAGAGACUUGCCCUUCCUGUAAGCAUUCUUGUUGGCAUCACUGCUGUCUCUGGCGCAUUUGUUGCGGGGAAUGAUGCUGGCCAUGCCUUUAAUACAUUUCCAAAGAUGGGUGAUACGUGGAUUCCAGAUGAUGUUUUAAGUAUGAAGCCAUUUAUGCGCAACUUCUUUGAGAAUACAUCAACUGUGCAGCUUGACCACCGUAUCCUUGCAACUGCAACGUUAAUUUCAAUUGGUGGCUUAUGGUGGUCAACGAGAAAACUGGACAUUCAUCCUGCAAUACGAUCUUUGAUUGGAAGCACCAUGGGCAUGGCUGCUCUUCAGGUCACUUUAGGGAUAUCGACACUCCUGUCAUUUGUACCUGUUUCGCUAGGCACUGCUCAUCAGGCUGGAGCUUUAACUUUAUUGACACUCAUGAUCCUACUCAAUCACACCGUGCGAAGGCCAUCACUUUCGCUUCUGAAGUCUCUUCCCUCUGUUGCAAAAACAACCUAAUAACUUUGCAUUAUGACACUGUUAUGAGAAUUAGGCUUCAUAUCAUCGCUUUUUUUAAUCAUCGAUUUUCAGGUGAGGGUGCAUCUUGCUAGAAGGCCCACAUGAUACAGAAAUAUAAAUUAUGGACUUUCUUAUCUGCUUUUACAGGGGGAGGCCUCUGCAUCACAGUGACGGGUUGCGAAUGGAAUGUUGUAUCCUAGAGUCCCCAUUGAUUUGUCAAUUGAGUUGAUUAUUCUUUUGCUGAGUGCCAUUGAUUUGUUAUUCUUCUUGAUAGAGAUAGAUCUCUACAUAAGAGAAGUUGAAAAACUUUUAGACGCAAGGAAGUGAUUGAUUUAAAAUCCUAAAUUUUACAGGGCAAUAAAGUAGUAGAAUUAAUUUUAAGAGGGAAAAUAUUUGAAAAUGAGAUUAAAAUCUCCUACUUAUUUAUUUAUUUAUUGAUGAAAAUGGAUUUUUGUA